AUGCUAUACGAGUAGUUUUUGUACUUCCAAAGUGGCCGGGUUACGCGGCGCGCCGCUUGUCAAUUGUCAAAACAAACUUUGAAAUUUUGUGUUGGAAUUUUUGGUGUAAGAAUAUUUGUUACAAACUCGAGAUUUAUAAUUAAAAUACAAACAAAAUGAAAAAAAUCGACAUCAGUUUGACUUGUUAGUAACAUAUUUUAUGGAAGUAUGCUCUGCGCGUUUCCGGCGCACACACUUGCAUCACGUGACUUCAAAGAUUUUGUUCAUAUUAAUAAUACAGACAUCGUUCUGAACCUUGAAGCGAUUUGCAGUUGCAACGGUUACAGCAAAGAUCCUGAAGUUGAAACAAUAAAAUACAAAUUAAAGUAUUCAUGGGCUUAUUUAGAACGAACAAGAAUAUCUACGAAAAUAGACGCCGCAUGCCGGACCGUAGGGUUCAUAAAAGACACAACAGACACUGUUUGCAUUCCGAAUUGUGACCCAGGAUAUAAACACGUCAACGGAAGCUGUCAACCGACAAGCGAAAUAUUAUCAGACAAUGAUGUGGCGAAUAAUAAAUUUAAUACAACUGAGCCAUAUGCUAGCACCUGUGACAACUCUCCCAAUAUCUUAUUCUUCGUGUCUGCUUUUAUUAACAUAAUAUUAUUAGUUAUUAUUUUUGUAAUAGUAUUCAAAAAAUGUAGAACCGGCGCCCGCGACAACAAAAAUAAUAUGACGAAGCCCCGCGAUACGUACGUGGACAUGAACAGUGCAAGUCGGAAUCCUGUUCUUUUUACGAAGAAUGAAUCCGUCCCUGAGAAUGCCAGAUCGGGGUGCAGCGAGCAUAAUGUGCCAGUAGGCAGAUGUGAUUCCCCACACUAUGAAUACAUCCCAUGUAUACGAACUACAACGACAUCUGAUACAGACGAUGGGUCGUCAGAGAAGCUGUGUUACGACUAUGUGCAGACGCCGCUGCCGAUUCAUCUUAGACAAGCUAAGCAACAAGUGCCGCCCCGAGGUUGGAACCCGGCUCACAGCUGAGCGCGAUGACUCUCACACUCCCGCGCACCUCACUUUAACGCGAAACGCAUCACUGGAACCCACAAACACUUCGUCCUUACGCCGGGGUCCCGAGCCCACAACCAUUGGUGUCCUGCAGUGGCGAGGCGUACACACAACCCGAUUCCUACCGGCUUCCCUUUUAAGUUCAUUUACGUUUGUUUUUUUCUGUUUGUGUUAAAUAGAUAAAUUGACGGUGUGCAGUUAUUCAAGUAACCUGUAUAAGAAAAGUAUUCAGUAUUAGAUUCUGGUCCUAAAUAUAUACAGGGUUACAGGUUAAGUCGACCUAGAUCCCUUAAGACGUUGUAGUUUCCAUCAUUUCUGACUACUUUCACUAUGAAACACCAUAUCUCAAAACUAACCGUUUUAGAGAUAUUGGACUUUCAAGUUUUUUUAGAAAAUCCUGUCAUUUUUUCUAUUGGUUUAUAUUUUUUUGGUUUUCUAACAUUUGAUUUACAUGUGUUUGCUAUUUUUGUGUAGGAGAUAAGUUGUUUUAUUAUUAUCAACACUAAAAGUUCCGAUUCAUAAAGCGACUGCGUUGUAGUAGACUAUAGAUUGUAAUAAAUUUAAAUAAAUCCGUCAUAAGUUUAUUUUUCUUUUUAAAAUAUUUUUAUAAAAUCAAUGAAUGUUAUUCGGCAGAUAUGUUUAAAAAUAUCUACUUUUCAUUAGCUACCCAAUAAGGUAUAACAAGCUAGAGUUUUAUCCAUAUUUUUGGAAAAAAACAUUGAUGAAAGGCUUCCAGGUAGAACUAAGGAAUAAAGUCAAAUUUAUUAUAAUUAUAUUUAUUUUUAUUUUACAUUAAUAUCUAACAUGGUAACUAUCUACAGUUCAUGUUCUACAUGUUCACCUCUGUUUCGCACACAGACUCUCAUUCUGCGUCUUAAUCCAGUCUUUACUACGCCAGUUGUUAGAGUGCUUCUCAUUUUAUUAGCUGCAUCGAUAAUUCUUUGUCUUAAAACAUCAACAGAGGUGAUAAGAUUUGGUUCACUGUAGACUAAAGUCUUCAUAUGCCCCCAAACAUAAUAAUCCAUGGGGUCAGGUCUGGACUUCUUGCUGGCCACGGUAUGGGUCCACCUCUUCCGAUCCACUUGUUAGGGAAACUAAUGUCUUACCAUUCUCUGACACUUCUUCUGUAGUGUGCAGGGCACCCGUAGUGUUGAUACCACAUUUCUCGAAUGAGGUUGAGUGGUAUAUCUUGUAAUAAUUCGGGUAAAUCUCGUCUUAAAAAGAUUUCAUAGUUUUCGCCGUUUAAAUUUUCAGGGAGAAAGAAAGACCCAAUCAAAUGGUUAGAUAUGAUUCCCAUCCAUACAUUUAAACUGAACCGUCUUUGUGCUCCUUGUAGCCGUUUUUUAUUGGGAUUACCUUGAUUUUUUGGAGCCCAGUAAUGAGCAUUGUGGUAAUUUGUUAUACCAUCUUUAUCAAACUUCGACUCAUCUGUCCACAAGAUAUUUUUAAAAAAGUUUUUAGUUUUUAAGGGAAUUUUAGAACCUAGGUAUUUUUGCCUCCUUAAGUCAGGUUUUAAGUAUGAAGGGAUCACUUUAUGCUCAUUCAAACACAAUGACCGACAAGAUGGGUCAAGCAAGUAAUUGGCACAAGGGUACCCACACGGUGGGAGCCUUUUUAUGAAUAACAUGAAAUCAUCAAAUGCUGUAUGUUUAAAAAGGUCCCUCGACUAAAAAUGUAUAAUGCAUUAUACAAACGUACAACUAGAAGUUAAAAUUAAGUUAACAAUGCGUCCAACCAAUGUUUUCUGUUAUAAUUGUAUUUGAAAUAGACGCGAGAA